GUACUAUGCACUUUGCGCAUGGGCAACGCGGUAGUGUACGUACGCGCCGACAGUCGGAGGCUAAAAGUUGCAGAGCCUAGAGUUAGUCCAUGGCACGAGCACCGAUGGAACUACCUUUCAAGCUUAUUUCAAACGAAUCCAUAACAUAUCAAACCGGUUUUUGCGCCGUUCCCACGAACAAGAGACAAGAGUUCCUUUCAUGCAGCGGCAUUUUGAACCAUUUUAUGAAUCAGUUCGUGUUGUGAAUUCAGUCGGAACACAUCGGCGCGAAGCCAUCGAGCAGUGGGCACGUCACGGGGCACACCGAAUUUCGCUGGUUGUUUGUGUGUGUGUAUUGUGCAUGGUGGAACACAAGAAAGCAAUUCGCGAGUUUUAAUUGUUGCCCACCUCCGCCAUCCCUUGCAGUAGUGGUCUCACCAGGGUCUUUGUUCGCCAAUUUACGCGUUUUCCGUUGCUCGCAUAGCUCAACGAUCUCUUUGCUGGUGUGCAGCAGGUAUCUGGAAGAUUCGUGUGCAUCGUGGCAUUUAACGUGUUGAGCAUGCAAAAACUCCGGCUGGCAUAAAGCACUUUUACUUUCUGUCUGCUCGGUAAGGUGUGUUCUUAAAAGGAAGGCUAAUAGUAAAUUUCGAACGACUAUAGCGGGUUCGGACCAGCUGCGUUAUCAAGUGUGUUGAUUUAUAUCAGGUACAAGGUAUUUCGUACGUACCAAAACCGAGAUUGUUUGGAAACAGGAGUAUCAACAAUGGACCUCAAAUAUUCGAUUGCAUUGAUUAUUUUGCUUGCCAUUUGUGUCAACGAUAAUGGGCGAAUAGUUGCAAGCACAGUGACUGACCAUGAUCGCGUCGUUGUAUGCUAUAUUUCGACGUGGGCCGUCUACCGGAAGGGUUCGGCAUCGUACAGCUUAGAUCACUUUGACCCGAGGCUCUGCACGCAUGCUAUCUACGCAUUCGCCGGUCUGGACGUCGACAACAAUGCUAUCCGAUCGCUCGACCCGUGGCAAGAUCUAAAAGAAAACUAUGGAAAAGGUGGUUAUGAGAAACUAGUUGGUAUGCGUGCCACUAAUCACCACCUCAAAGUUUUGAUCGCCAUCGGCGGUUGGAACGAAGGCUCAGAACGAUAUUCCGAUAUGGCGGCGAACCCAGAGAGGCGUCAGGCGUUCGUAAAGAAUGCACUGGAAUUUGUCAAACGGUACAAUUUCGAUGGGUUGGAUCUCGAUUGGGAAUAUCCAACACAACGGGGCGGCAAACCGUACGAUCGCGAAAACUUCGUUGCACUUGUUAAGGAAUUAAGUCAGCAAUUCAAGAAGAGCAACCUGCUAUUGACGUCGGCAAUUGGAGCUGGUAAAGAUACGAUUGAUGCUGCGUACGACAUCAAAACACUGUCCAAAUAUUUGGACUUUCUCCAUAUAAUGUGUUACGAUUAUAACGGCAGCUGGAACAGAAAGAUCGGUCCGAAUGCACCCCUGCAAAGUCGUGACGUAUUGAACGUCGAAUACACAAUCGAACACUUGUUGGCCUUGGGAGCACCGUCCAAUAAGAUUGUCAUGGGUUUACCGUUUUACGGAAGAACGUUCGUGUCUCCAUUGAAACGUGCAAAGAUUGGCGAUGAGUCAGAUGACAAAGGUUUUGCUGGGCCAUCAACCAACGAGAAUGGCUUCAUGGGAUACAAUGAGGUUUGUGAAACAUUGAAAGAUAAUCCCGACGGUUGGAACGUUUCCUGGGAUGCAACAGCAUCCGAAGCAGUCGCUACCAUGCUAGAUGGUAACAUGACGAAAGUGGUGAUUUACGAUAGUACCCGCUCAAUUGCGAAUAAAGUUCGAUUUUCGAUUCGUCAAAAUCUGGGGGGUUUGAUGAUUUGGUCCGUUGAUACGGAUGAUUUCAAUGGGUUGUGUGAACCGGAAAAGGACACUUACGCCGACUUUGGAGAUCGAGAAAAAAUUAAGCUUAGCAUUCCGUCUCCAGUGAAGGACAAGUACAAGCUACUCACGACGGUCAACGAUGCUAUUUUGGUGGCAAUUGAUGAACUGAACCAGGAGAAUGAAAUCUCCGAUUUGCCCGAUGAUGUUGAAGGAUCCACACCCAAAGUGCCGAGUUCCGCAGCAGCUAAGAGUAUAUUAAUCAAUGGGUUAGGCUUAGUGAUAGCAUACGCGCUGGUUAGGCUUUUCUGAGUCGACGAACGGAGUUGUAGGAUAAGUUUUAUGUAAAUAAAUUAUAUGUAAUUUGUGUAAAUAAA